AACUUUAAAAUAGCUAUAACAAACAGAUAAAUACAGGAGCGUGAAACCCAACAGCACGAGUGAGAAUCAACAAAUUAAUUGCGUCGAUAUUUUCUAUUUUCAGCAUUACCAAUUCGCUUUUUAAUCACCUGUAUUGUCAAUGUUGACAAAUAGAAAAAGGAUCAGGCAUCGCCAAAGACAACUACAUUCCCGGAAGUGCAACCAGUGCGAGUUGGCCAGACAAGGAAGCGGCAUUUAUUUAGUUUUUUUUUAGUCUAGCUUGGUCAACAGCCCUUUUUCUUAUCUUGGACAUUUUCCUUUAAGUCUUUAUUAUGCCUCUGUUUUCUCAAAACGCAUUUGACCAAGAUGUGGAGAAGGCGACCAAUGAAGCCAACACAGCAGAUGACUGGGGGCUCAUUAUGGACAUCUGUGACAGGAUCGGAACCACAUCCAACGGACCCAAGGAUUGCCUGCGGUCCAUCAUGAAGAGAGUCAACCACAAGGUGCCCCAUGUUGCCAUACAGGCCCUCAAUCUGCUGGGAGCCUGCGCGUCCAACUGUGGCAAAAUAUUUCAUUUGGAAAUCUGCUCCAGGGAAUUUGCCAGCGAAGUGCGCAGCACUCUUGGCAAGGCCCACCCGAAGGUGUGUGAGCAGCUGAAGGUGUUGAUGGUGGACUGGGCGGAAGAUUUCCAGAAGGACCCACAGCUCAGCCUGAUGGCCGCCACCAUCAAGUCUCUGAAAGAGGAAGGCAUUACGUUCCCCCCACCGGGGUCCGGCGUGAAGGUCAGCGCUUCUGCUGUGACCAAAGCCUCGGACGACGACGACCUGGCCAAAGCCAUCGAGCUGUCUUUGCAGGAGCAGAAGGCCGAUGCGCGAUCUUCGGGGCUGACCUUUGACCCCCUGAACCACGCCAACAGCAGCAGCAGCCAGGAAGUGCGCAAGGUGUGGGCGCUGUAUGACUUUGAGGCGGCCGAGGACAACGAGCUGACCUUCAAAGCCGGCGAGGUCAUCCUGUUGCUGGACGACAGUGACCCAAACUGGUGGAAAGGGGAGAACCAAGGAAGGGUGGGCCUGUUCCCGUCCAACUUUGUGACCACCAACGUCAGCAGUGAAUUAGAAAGCGUGGAAAAGGCCGUCAGUGCCGAGGAGCCGAGCAGUGAAGCCAAAAUCCAACCUGAGCACAUCUUCAUUGAUGAGGGGAAGAUGGACAGAAUCUUAUUUCUGCUGCAGAACGCAGACCCAGCAGAUCCCGCUCCAGACCCGUCGGAGAUGAUCCAGCUGGAAGGUGCGUGUGAGCAGAUGAACCCCAUGAUUGACGAGAAGCUGCAGGAGAUCGACAGGAAACACUCUGAGUUGUCAGAACUCAACGUGAAGGUACUGGAAGCUUUGGAGCUUUACACCAAGCUCAUGAACGACACGCCGAUCUACCAGGCCUACUCCAAGAUGCCCCAGUAUGGACCUUCACCUCCUCUAGCCACCAUGCAGGGCUACCUGGGUCAAGCCGCUGCUGGCGCCGCCUCCUACCUGCCCCCCGCGAUGCCCUACAGUCUGCCCAGCGACCAGCAGGGGCAGAUGCAUUCCCUCGGCCCCACCCUCUCGGCCUCGCCCAACGGCCAAGCGGCUGCGCCCCCCUACGUGAGCAACAACACACAUCACUACAUGACCCCGGCGUCCCCCCCAGCGGCCUACGCGCCACAGAUGGGCAUGGACAUGUCCGCCUAUCACAGCUCAGGAGUGCCACCCAUGUCCUACCCUGCUCCUGCUGCCCCCCCACAGCAGCAGCAGCAGCAGGGGGUGUACUACCAGCAGCCCCUCCUCUAAACACGCGUGUUUGGGUGACAUCCUGGUCCACAGCGAGCAUGACGGCGGUCCUGGCCGACCACUUCCACACGUCCAUAAGGCCCUUUUUGUCAACGCAUCCGUGGGAAUGAAUCCAGAGAGCUCAUGACCCCCCACCCUCCGUGGGCCGUCUUUCGCUUUUACUAUCAAACUCAUUUUUAAGAUGGCUCACAGCUCUAUUAGCGCCCAUCGCUGGUCACUUCCUGUGUUUGCAGUGAAGCCACGCCUCCUCACAAAGACUCCUAUUGAAACAAAACAAUCGUUGGUCCUCUUUGGGUCGGAAUCCAAAAAAAAGGUUGUAUGCUAACCUUUUCACAUUUCGUCACGGUCGCUUUGAAAGGACCACGCAGUAAUAUUUCAUGUCCUUUGUAUGUUUAAUGUAUAUUUCUAUGUACAGUUGCACCUUAGCUUUGUAAACUCGAUUACUGUUGUUCGUAUUUACCACUGGAGGCCUUGUUGACCUGGAGGAACGUAAGAGGGACACAGGUGAGCUGCUGCUGCUGCUUGUGUACAUGAAUAAUACAUGUGUAUAUAAAUUCACUAUAUAUAUAUAUAUAUAU